UUGCAGAGACUCGUUUUCCGUUAAGUUAAAUAUUUGUUGCAGCGAAACGUUUUUGAAGCCAUGCCAUGGUAUCUGACGUAUCCAUAUCUUAGAAUGCUGUUAAAAUUUUGAUUAAAUGUAACAUAGCAUUUGACAGUGCAGUGUUAUUUGCGUGUAAAGAAAGAAAGUUUGAGAUAUUUUCUUUCUACCGACUUACAACUUGCACAAACUGUUCUUUAUCAGUCCCAAUCACGAAACCAGAGUUGUAAUCUCCUUCUCUCUCUCACCCCAGUACAAACUGUGAAAUCUCCUUUCGAUUUAUUUCUGGAAGAAAAGAAAAAAACCGCUGCGACAGCUGAAACCCAAAACCAUGGAGAUUUCACAGUUUAUGGGGCAGCAAGAACAUGAAGCUAUUGAAAACUCCCAGGACAAAAAAGCAGGGCCCCCACACAUGGCUUUAUCCCUUAUUUCAGCUUACCUUCCUCUGUUCGAGCUUCUUGCCAUGAGCGGAGUUUGCACGUCACUGAGAGACGCUGUAAACAAGGAUGUAUUGUCAUGGCUAGAUAUCGCGGUCAAAUCGCCAUUGAACUUGAGGCUGUCCGAUGAGAUUUUGAUGAAAAUCACAUCCAAGGCGAAUGGCAGGUUGAGAACUUUGGCUCUAAUGGAUUGUGCGAAGAUAACAGAUGAUGGGCUUCAAAGGGUUGUAGAGCGAAAUCCUCUUAUCAACAAGCUCUACCUACCGGGAUGCACUGGCUUAACACCUGAGGGAGUCAUAGGAGCUGUGAAGACAUUGUCUGAACAUCAUCACGGUUUAAAGAGCCUAAUGAUCAAUGGUAUCUACAACAUAAACAAAGAACACCUCGAAACACUUCGGCCUUAUCUUGAGAAGAACCUAUCACAGCAAGAGCAGUCAGGAUCAUGGCCUCUCCUAUUCCACGAGCACAGGGACGUGCCAACAUUCAGAAAUGACAAAGAUUACGCUACAAUCGAUGUCGAAGUUUGCCCAAAAUGCGACGAGGUUAGGAUGGUUUUCGACUGUCCAAGAAGGACUUGCAAGAGAAAGAUAGGAAGGUCAAUGAGUGAUUGCAGGGGAUGCAACUUUUGCAUUCCAAGGUGCCAAGAAUGCGGUGGAUGCGUGGACGACUCUGAAGAAGUAGAAGAGGCUGUGUGUGCAGAUAUCCUGUGUUUAGAUUGCUGGCUUCAGCUCCCCAAAUGUGACUUCUGCAACAAGCCAUAUUGUAAGCAACACGCCCACAACGGGUCCUGUCCUCCCGGGUCAACAGGUUUCGUCUGUGAUGUUUGUUGUGCAAAUUUUAAUAUCCAGAGGACGAGGUCUUGAGCUUGACUGAUGAUGAGGAUCCAAUUGUUUUAUUUUGAUACAAGUUGAUAGUAGGACAUCUUCAGACGAGGAAUGGUUUAAACGUGCAAAGCAUGCUAUGCGAAGUUCAUUAUAGAUUUGCACUA